ACACCCAGGAAAAACUUCCUCAGUAUUUAGCAAUAUAAAUAGUUGUGGAGCAGUUUGGGUCUAAUGUUUUUAGUUUCCCACGGGUGCUGGUUGUUUAGACGUGUUACCGUGGCGACAAGGUAUUGUUUUUACUAAUAAUAUCUGAACUAUGACCCCAAAUCCCAGAGGAGAUGAAAAGGUGGAAGCUGACACCAUCUCUUCCUUCCAUUGUUUCCCCAAAUCCAACACCUUUCCAACCAUGGCAGAGAUUUAAAGAGGAGCGGCAAAAGCAAAUGAGGUGGAUUAGCAGAGUUUUUGUUACAGCUGAUGGUGUCAAUCAGGAGAAAUAUCAUCUAUAACUCAAUUAGAGAUGAUAAUUGAAUAAUCAUCAACUAGUUAACGAUUAACUGUUUACUAAAGUAGAGAAUCAGACUCUGAAAAGGAUAAUUUACUGAAAAACCAACAUAUUCAACGGAGUAAUUAAGUCAAAACUGUUCAAAAUAUUUACACAUAUAUACACAUUUUAUAUUUAAGAUAAAAAAAAAACACCUUUGUCUGUAAACAUGUUUUAAUCAGAACUGCUGAAGUGGCUGUUUAGCUUCACCAGGUUCAGAUUUUAUAUAAAAAAGGAUAGAAAUUAUUUAGCACCUUUUGAUAUGUAGUAAUUAAUCUGUAAUUGUAUUUUUUCUUUCAGUGUUUAAAUGUAAAAUAUGUAGAAUGUGGCCAUUUUUUAAUCUGAUUCAUCGAUUAAUCGUCAGAUUAUUUGAUUUCUGAGACACUAAACGAUGAGUUAAUGAAUUCUCGGCGGAGCCACGUUGCUCCUCAGGUGUUCCCACCUGAAUGGAGCUGCUCUCCAGCCAGGUCCUGAUCUUGUUCCCUCUAAUCUGUUUAUCUCUGCUCUGCAGCCGCGCUCUAAACUGGACUCUCCUCUAAUCUCAACAAGAACAUCGGCUAAUGCCGUUGCAUAACGGUUCAUCUUCAGCCGAGCCUCCAGGGAAUGAAACCAUUUCCUCCCACACACCUGGCCUCAACCUGCAUAAAUAUCCAGGUUCUGGUGAUUUAAAAACAUAAAAUACAGUCAGAACCAGAAGCUUUUGUUUGUUUCGGUUUAAAUGUAGCGGGUCAGAGUUGAACUCAAACAGGAUUAGCGAUCAUGGACACCAUCUUGGCCGCCGUCCUUUGCUGGAGGGAUGAAGAGGCGUGACCUGUGGCGUCAUCUCAGCCUCCUCCUCCUCACAUGUCUGCCGUGUGUUGAGUCAACAGUCUAUGGUUCUCUGUUGGAGAGGAAACAGGUGGAGGCGGUGAAGCUCUGACCUCAGCAUGUGAGAAGGUUCUGGUUCUCUGGGUCCGUCUGGGCCGGACUGUUUGGAGAGGACUCCGUCCACAGCCAUGUUCUGAAGAAGACGGGCGGUUUGGACAUCUGCGAUGCCUGGAAGCCAGUACCAGCUGACCCGCCACAGGCUGAGCCACAGCCUGUACAGCCUGACGGACAGCUCGGACGGCGGCCAUGAGGAGGAGCGGCCCGACGACUCGCUGCACCUCACGCCGCUGCAGAAGCUAACGGCGGCCAUGUGCAAAGACGAAAAGACCAUCAAGGAGCUGAUCAUCGGCCGCAGGGUGGGCUUCUACAAGGUCAGAGGGGAGAUCGGCUACGGGACUUUCUCCAGGGUCAAACUGGCGUUCCACGCUCUGACCAAAGACAAAGUGGCUCUGAAGAUCCUGGACCGGACGCGGCUGGACGCCCAGGCCCAGCGGCUGCUGUCCAGGGAGAUCAGCAGCCUGGAGUGCCUGCAGCAUCCCAACGUGAUCCGGCUGUACGAGGUGGUGGACACGCCCAGCCGCCUCUUCCUGGUGCUGGAGUACGCCGGAGGAGGGGAUCUGCACAAUCGGAUCUGCACCGAGGGGAAGCUGUGCGACAACGCCAGCAAGAUCACCUUCGCCCAGAUCCUCUCUGCCGUCAAAUACAUGCACAACUUGAACAUCAUCCACCGUGACCUGAAAGCGGAGAACGUUCUGUUCACCUCCGCCGGCUGCGUCAAAGUCGCCGACUUCGGCUUCAGCACGCGCGUUGCGAGCCGCAGCAGCUCGCUGGACACGUUCUGCGGCUCGCCGCCGUACGCCGCCCCGGAGCUGUUCAGGGACGACAGCUACCUGGGCCCGCCGGUGGACGUCUGGGCCAUGGGGGUCCUGCUGUUCUUCAUGGUGACCGGCAGCAUGCCGUUCCGGGCCGACACCAUGGGCAAGCUGCGGCGCUGCAUCAUGGAGACCAGCUACGCCAUCCCGCCGUGGGUGCCGGGCCCCUGCCAGCGGCUCAUCAGGGGCAUCCUGAAGCCGGUCGCCGCCGAGCGCUACGCCGUCGACCAGAUGCUGGGCUGCGAUUGGCUGCUGCCCGUGGAGUUCCCCUGGUCGCUGGCGCCGCCGGAGCCGCCCGGCCCGCUGCAGAGCCUGCUGGAGUCGGAGCGCGGGAACCCGGAGGACGAGGAGGUGGAGGAGGAGGUGCGGAGCGCCCUGGAGGAGCUGGGCUUCACCGCCGAACACCUCCGCAACCACCAGCUGACGGACAGCCGCAGCCCCGUCACCGGCGUCUACCGCAUCCUGCUGCACCGCGCCCAGAAGAGAUGGGGCUGCGAAUCGCCGCCCGUGGUCCGCGGCAUGGUGAGGGACCCCAAGAGGGAGGGGCUGCGGGCCUACAGGGGCCUCAGGCACACCUCCAAGUUCUGUGUGCUGUCAUAACGGACCGCUAUGGGUCGGUCUGUGGCCUAAACAAAUCAUUCUUAGAUAACAAGAGUUUAGUUUUUAAAUCCAGACAAGCUGCUGGCCACGCCCCCAACUCAACGUUUACACCCACGCCUGAAAAUGGCUGCAAACAGAUGCACAGUUAUAUAACUGUACGUCUUUGAAAAGCAGAAGUGGAGCCUCCUGCACAGCCCAUUGCAUGGACCAAUCACGUCUUUCUAGACACCAAGAGAAAUAAUUUGCCAAAAAACGGCUGGGUGUUUUUUUUUUAAGUGCUCUGGUUUGUUUUUAGAAACAUUUGAGACCCAAAUGGACCAAAGAAAACCAUCAUCAUCAUCAUCAUCAUCAUCGCCCCUCUUAGAUUCACGUUUUAUACUCCGAGUUCAGCGCUGGAAACUUUUCUGUUAUUUAUGUGAAAGUGCCUGAAAAACGAGAAAUAAAAUGAAUGU